AUGCCCGCCGCGCCCGCCGACUCGUUCGCGCUCGACAAGUCCAACCCCGUGCUGGCACUCAGCGCCGCUGUCGGUGGACUGUACGUCCACCGUUUCCCGGCCGGCACGCCCGUCCCGCCCGAGCUGUUCAGCAACGUCGGCGCCGCCGACGACUUUGUGUCCGUGACCCGCGUGGGCAACGAGCUUUCCAUUGUCGCAACAAAGGGCGCGACGAGCAACGUCGGCAUGCCCGAGCCAUCGGCCGAGCACUGCGGUGGGCCAUGGACGGCGAUGAAGGUCAAGGGACCGCUGGAGCAUCACAUGGUGGGCGUGCUCAGCGCGCUGACCGACUGCCUCAAGCGCGCCGGGGUCAGCAUCUUCGCCAUCUCGACCUGGGACACGGACUACAUCCUCAUCACGACCGACACGCUCGAGAAGGCCAAGACGGCGCUCCAGGCCGACGGGUGGACCUGGAACGCGACUCGCUUGGGCUAA